UUUCCCAACAACUUGGAUUUUGCUUUUUAUGUUAUUUUAUUUAAUUUUAUUAUUAUUAUUAUUAUUUUUUAUUUUAAAAGGCUUUGCUUGGGGACAACUUUAUUGGAGAGGUUUGCUGCUAAAGACGCUCCUGCAGCAGUUUUUGUUAUUGACGUGCCAGAUGCCAGCAUUGCUGUAGGAUAACUGUAAUGGUGUCCUCGUUUGACUAAAAAUAACUUGGGAACUUUGUAGCUGCCCCCACUCCGGUCAGAGGAGCGCACUAUGACGGUCCGCUGCGCUCCAGCUCACUGACUGCUUACAGGUGGAUUUCUGCUGUUAUUUGAAGGUAGCUGAGGCCGAGGCAUGCCGGCGCCCCCUCCUCCGCCACCACCUCCCCCCGCACCCCCUCCGCCACCCCCACCGAGCAUCGCCCCGCCACAGUUGCGGCUGGACCCUCCUAAGCCACAGAGCAGUGGAGGAGGAGGUGGCAGGAAUGCCCUGCUGGCUGACAUCCAAAGAGGAGCCAAGCUCAAGAAAGUCACACAGGUCAAUGACCGCAGUGCCCCUAUUGUAGACAAGCCCAAGGCCAGCGCUGGCGAUGUAUCUGGCAGCGUUGGUGCUUCUCAAGGCUCAUCAGGAGGGAUGGCACCCAUGGGACCCUCUCUGGGGGGGCUCUUCGCUGGGGGGUUUCCCACCCUCAGGCCAAUAGGUCAGAGAGACACAGCGGGCAAGACGCCAGUGACUCGAUCGAGCUCAUCUGCAGCACUGAAGCCGCUCUGGAACCCGCCUGCCUCAGCAGACACGAGCGUCUCCGAGCCUCACAGGACUGCGGAGAGAGGAGGCGCUGCCCACCGUCCCGCCACAGCUCCGUCCUCCGCCCCGCCCUCCCCGUCUCAUGGCAGCAAGCAUCCCCCUCCUGCCCCCACCUCUUCCCCUCCUCCUCCUCCCCCUCCGCCUCCCCCGGCCCCACCCUCCUCUCCCCUUCCCCCUCCCCCACCACCAGCCUUCCAGGACCGGCCCGCUGGCAAGCCUCCCCCUCUCCCCACCUGCCCGCCCCCUCCACCCCCCUCACAGGUCACCAAGCCUGCCUGGCUCCCCAUCCAGCACUCCCACCACACCGCUGUGUCCCAGCCUGCCACUCCCCCUCCCCCUCCUCCUCCUCCUCCUCUGCCCUCUGCGCCGCCCUCCUCCGUCCCGGACCGCUCCUCUGGCUACUUCUACCCUCUGCCCCCCUCCCCUGUCCAGUCCGAACCCUCCAGGUUCCCCAUCUUGCGGGAUAGCCCGCUGGGACCUCCUCCGCCACCUCCUCCUCCUCCCCUCCCCACUUCCUUUACCCCCAGCUGUCCAACCACCCUGCCCCCUCCCCCACCCAAGGUGCCACCUAUGCCUUCCCCAGCCAUGCGCUCUCUUCCACCCUCGUACCCCUGCACUGCUCCCACCCGACGGCCACCCGCUGUGCCCAGAAGUGCAGGUUCGGGUCGGCUGGCUCCUCCUCCUGCUCCUCCGGCCCGGUCGCCCUCCACUGAACUCUCCAGCCGCAUUCCUCCCCCUCCAGCGCCUCCCCUGCCCCCGUCCAGCCUCAGGAAUGGACACCUACACAGCCUUGAUGACUUUGAAUCCAAGUUCCAGUUCCACCCUGUAGAAGAUUUACCCCCUCCUGAGGAAUUCAAGCCCUUCCCUCGGAUCUACCCCAGCAAAGAAAACAGAGUGAACCCCACACCACCUGGGAUUAGGACACACCUCAGAUGAGUCAUGGCCUCAAACUGGCCCUCAUCCCCACACACAGCAAGCAGCUAGUCUCAAACCUCCCUCCUCCUGCUCCUCCUGCUCCUCCUCCUCCACUGUGAUGAUGGGAAGUUAAUGAGAAGAACACCAAAGGCAGUGGCCAAGGGCUUUGUUUGGUUUGGAUGCAAGCUCCGUGUCUAUUGUGUGUGCCGUGCGGAUCACAAAUGGGUCACUUACUGUGAGUGUUUAUGUGUGUGUGUGUGUGUGUGUGUGUGUGUGUGUGUGUGUGUGUGUGUUUGUUGUGUAUGUGAGUGUCAAACUGGGUCCCGCCUAAUACUGACUAUGUGACCUCUAACCUUUUCCAGUGUGGAAUGUUUUGAAUGUGUGUGAGAGGAGGGUUCUCCCUACAGUGCUCCCUCUCAAUUACUCUCUCUCUCUCUCUCUUUCUCUCUCUCUCUCUCACACACACACACACACACACAUACAUGGACAGUGUCUUCCAGUAGAAACAGCUUAAAGAUAUGAAGUAUCAUGUUUUGAUACAGUGGCUAUCUGUGUUAUGCACUGUUCUGAUCUGGUAUAUUGUACUACUUUUAGCGUCUAGGCCAGACACCCUUUGAACCAUGCAGUCUGAAACUGUUCUUAGACGGAAAUAUGUAAUUGUGUCCCUCAACAUCUACAACUUUGAACCACAAGAUGCUCAGUUAGCGGCUAGAAUAAAUGUUGGACAUGCUCAGACAUGAAAUGCACUGCUUUCCCAAAACUUUACAGUGUCUUUAGUUCAAUCCUUCACUCGUCCAGCAUGACAGUCCUCUUGAGAUGUUAUUAAUAGUUUCCUUUGCUGUGGGACUUCAAGGACCCAUGCGGCCAACAGUAGUAGACUAUGAACUUUGGCUGGUUUGCAACCAGUAAACCCCUUUUAUUCAGUUCAACUCUUGUGUGAAUAGAAAUUACAAGUGAAAACUGCAGCUGUUCACUUGCACAGCAAUGGUUUGCUAACCUCAAGAGUUCAUUAAUAAUUGUACGUAUACAGUAUUGGUGCUCUACAUGUUUGUCUGCUUUUUUUUUUUUUUACCUGCAGCCAGUUCAUGAAAAUGUAAAGGAAAAUCUAACAUGUUAAGACUACUGACAUUUUAGGCACUGUGAGAAUGUAUUUCUAUUAUGUUACAAGUUUAAAUGUAGAUUAAGUGUUGUCCUUUGCCUGCAAAUUGAUGAGUGAGGUGUACUUGGUAUUUCAUUUUCCUCCAAUGUUGUAUCCAACACUAACUUUUGUGAAGACAGUGCCACCUACUGGUUCAAUAUGCAAAGUAUUAUAUAGGAGCCACCAA